AUGGGAAAUGCCUCCGAAACAUUUCUGCUCGUGUCCAGAAUAUCUAAAGACCAUGACUUUCUCAUGGGAACUCUCUACACCAUUUUUGGUGUGCUGUCAGUGUUGGGGAAUGGGAUCCUGCUGUUCGUGGCCUAUAGAAAGAAGUCCUCCCUGAAGCCAGCAGAGUUUUUUGUGGUCAACCUGGCCAUCAGUGACCUGGGCAUGACCAUAACUCUGUUCCCGAUGGCUAUCCCCUCAUCCUUUAUGCACAUGUGGCUAUUUAAUGAGACGACCUGUACAGUCUAUGCCUUCUGUGGCGUUUUGUUUGGCCUGUGCAGUCUGACCAACCUCACGGUGCUGUCCUCUGUCUGCUGGCUCAAGGUCUGCUGUCCAAACUAUGGUAACAAGUUCUCCUACUGCCACGCCUGCCUGCUGGUUGCUGGGGUGUGGUGCUACGCUGGAGUUUUUGCUGUAGGUCCUCUGUCGGGCUGGGGAGAGUAUGGAGCCGAGCCCUACGGAACAGCGUGCUGCAUCAACUGGCAUGCACCCAGCCAAGACUCUGCGGCUAUGAGCUACAUCGUCUGCCUCUUCUUCUUCUGCUACAUUGUGCCAUGCACUGUCAUCUUCCUGUCCUACACAUUCAUCCUCCUGACCGUCCGGGGCUCCCGCCAAGCUGUGCAGCAGCACAUGUCCCCGCAGAACAAGAUCACCAACGCACAUGCACUUAUCAUUAAGCUUUCCGUGGCAGUUUGCAUCGGUUUCCUGACGGCAUGGAGUCCAUACGCCAUUGUCUCCAUGUGGGCAGCAUUUGGUAACCCAACAACUGUACCACCCAUGGCUUUUGCUCUGGCAGCUAUUUUUGCCAAGUCCUCCACCCUUUACAACCCCAUUGUCUAUCUGGUGUUCAAGCCCAACUUCCGCAAGUCCCUGUGUCGGGAUGUGGCCCAGUGCAGACGGACACUCUGUGGGUGUCUGUGUCCGCACAGCUCUGCACAGAAGGGAACUUGCAGGCAACCCCAUCACAAAGAAGAGUGCAACUCCACAAGGUUGUCAAAUGGGCUCCCGGAGAACCACGGGACCUGCAGACACUGUCCUUGCCCUGAAACAGUCGCUGGCAACAGAGACAACCUAACAGAAUACAGUCCCCAGCAGACUGCCAGGAUACUUAAAGGAUCAACAAAUAGCGAGGUGGCUGUCAGUCAGCUCUCCAAUGAGCUGCAGAGCGACUUCCUUUAAAGAAACAAACACGGCCAGACAGUGAGAAGGUUGAGAAAAGAUGGCAAGAAUGAGGGAUGAAAGAAACUAACUGUAAAUCAAGGCAAAGGGUAAACGCAAUGAAACACAAAAAGAUUAAUCAAAGGAAAAAAAAAAUGUUAUAACUUUAAAGUUCAAAAUUUAAGAACUUUUCUCAAGCCUCAAAUAUGUGAUACUGCCAAAAAAAAGACUGCGAAGGUAGAAGCCAGGACGAUAAGCAAGCUGAACAGCCAACAUGCAACCACAGAUGUGAACAUUAAUAUUUCAUCAGGUCAAAUUAAUGCACAUCAAUAGCUGUCUGUCACUUUGACUGAUCAACAUUAAGCAAACCAGACUGAGAAUCCACGGACUCACGAUGCAAAUCAGUCCAAGCUGGAAAC